AGUUCGAAGCUUCAUAGAUUAAUGGAGUUCAUCAACAUUUCAGAGCUGAUUUAUUCUUCUUUGAAUCCUUAUUAUAUUCUCGUUCUUAUAAUCAUAAUUAUCAUCACUAAUGUCUUACUCAAAACCAGUACUAAGAAGACGAAUUCAUCAUCAUCAAAAGCCAAAAAAGCCCCAUAAGCAUCAGGUGCAUGGCCAAUCAUAGGUCAUCAACUUCUUUUGAUGAGCAAAACUGAAAGUCCAUACAUAACUCUAGGAGCCAUGGAUGACAAAUACGGACCGGCAUUCACCAUUCGUGCCAGCUGCCAUGAAAUCCUAGUCGUGAGCAGUUGGGAGAUGAUAAAAGAAUGUUUCACUACCAACGACGCAUUAUUUUCCAACCGUCCAGCUCCGUUGGAUGUUAAACACUUGUUUAACUACGAAGAAUCCCUGGGGUUUGCACCUUACGGGCCGCUCUGGAAAGAACUGCGAAAGAUAUCCGCGCAACAACUCCUCUCUAAUCAGCAAAUAAGGUUGUGGAAACACUUGAAAUAUCAAGAAAUCGAUGCUUCGUUUGAUCUCAAUGAGUUAUGCAACAAAAAUGGUGGCACUGCUCAAGUUAGGAUGGACUACUGGUUCGCGUUCAUGACAUACAACAUCUCUGCUGCAGUCGUUGCCGGGUGCGAAAGCCAAGAUCCGAAAAGUGCUGUAGUUCGGGAACUAUACAAGAAGGCGAUGGAAAAGGCAUUGAAUCUCACAGCGGUAUUUGCAUUUUCAGAUGUGGUUCCAUGCCUCGAGUGGGUUGAUCGACUGAGAGGUCUUGUAAGGGAUAUGCAGUCUUGUAGAGAUGAAUUGAACUCUAUUGCUGAGGGUUUUAUUGAAGAGCGUCGUCAAAAGAGACGCUUGAGGUCGUCGUCAUCAUCAGGACAUAAGGAAGGUGAUGGUGACCAAAAUUUCAUCGACGUUCUUUUGACAUUCGCGGAAAAAUCCCAACUUCCAGGAAAAAACCAUGAACUAGUCAUCCAAUCCAUGAUCCUGGACAUGUUAUCUGGUAGUAGUGACACAACAUACGUGACCCUUACUUGGCUUCUUGGCCUGUUGUUGAACAAUCCGCACGUAAUGGAACGUGCAAGAGAAGAACUGGAUAGGCACGUUGGAAAAAAUAAACAAGUGGAAGAAUCUGACAUUCCUAAUCUCGUGUACAUUCAAGCAAUCAUCAAAGAAUCAAUGCGAUUGUAUCCAGCUGCAGCACUACUUCCGAGGAUGACAAUGGAGGCCUGUGAAGUUGGUGGGUUUCAAGUUCCAGCCGGUGGUCAUUUGUAUCUAAACAUAUGGAAGAUCCAAAGAGAUCCAACUGUGUGGGAGAACCCAUCGGAAUACCGGCCGGAGAGAUGAUUAGCAGAAGAUAAAGCGGAUGUGGAUGUAAAAGGUCAGAACUAUGAGUUGAUACCGUUUGGAGUGGGUCGGAGGAUGUGUCCAGGAGUAACUUCAGCGUUGCAAGUGAUGCAUUUGGUGGUGGCUCGUCUUAUUCACGGGUUUGAAAUGAGGGCAGCAACACCAGAUGGGAAGGCGGAUAUGACAGAAACAGUAGGAAUGGUUACUUUUAACAAGAACCCUCUUGAAGUAAUAAUGACCAAACGCUUUUAGUCAUAUGGCUCACUGCUCCACCAUUCUCGUUUUUGCACCCACAUUGAUGGCCAAAAUUCUCUUCGGCUAGGAGAUGGUA